AUAUACACACAAAGUUGUUAGAAAAGAAACCAAACUUAAAAAAGAUGGAGAGACAAGCGAAAUACCAAGACAAGAUCUUGAAGUUCUUACCGAGAGCCGUUUCGGUCGUGACUUUUCAUCAGAGCCUUCCUUUUAGCCCCAGCAAAGAGAAGAGAUUCUCCGGUCCGAUCGUGUCGAUGAUUCCUUACGAAGCUCGGAGAAAGCCGAAGAAGAACGGCCAAGAAGAGGUGGAAGUAGAAGAAGAGCCGACUUCGCCGAAAGUCUCUUGCAUCGGCCAAAUCAAGCACAAGCACAAGAAGAUCAUCAGCGAAAAAAAGAAGAUCAUCAGCGAAAAAAAGAAGCUGAAGAAGCGGUCGGGUUCGGCGACGAUAAAGGAUUCCAAGCCGGUCACGUGGUCGCCACGUGAGGUGAAGAAGCACGCCUUGUCAAUCAAGAGGAUGUUCAGCAGCAAUACAAUUAAGCCGGGGAGAAAAUCCGACGCUUCUUGUGCUGAUCAUGAUCAUCAUCAUCAUCAUCAUCACAACAAUCGUAAGCCUCCGCUUCCUGAUAGAGCGCCUUCUUUGAGUCAAAUGAAGCGGUUCGCGAGCGGACGUGAUUCGUUCUUGAAUUUCGAUUGGGGGGCUGAUCAUGAUGAUCAAGUUUUAACACCGGACGCGGAUUAUCGGAAUAUUACUCGCUACUCCGAUGAUCGCGAAGAGAGUGACGAAGAACAGGAGGUCAUGAUUCCGUUCUCUGCUCCUAUGACUGUUGGUAGAGAAGUGCCCUUGCAGCCAAGGAAAGAAAUUAAUCUGUGGAAGAGAAGAACCAUGGCUCCACCCAGGCCUCUUGAAUUGAAUACCAUGAUGAUCAGAGCAAAUUGAUAUUAAAGAAUAUUUCUCAGAGAAAAUUUUGUGAAUUCUUUAAUUUACUGUGGUUGAAUGAACACUGUUGUUUGGAUUCUACAUAAUAUAUAUUAGAUCAUAUUGAAAACUGUAAUUGGAUUGAUUUGAUUGCCAUCGAUCUAUAAUUCAUGCCCAUAAAAUUGUGUAA